CCCAACGCGGGGCGAGCCGGGACGGGGCGCUGUGCCCUAUAGGGCCGCCAUGGAGGCGGAGGAGGUCUACGUCUUGGUGGAAUACGGCUUUGAGUACCGCACCAAGGACGGCACCGUGGUCUCCAUCCAGCCCAAUGAGCGCUACGUGCUUUUGGGGCGCACCAACGAGCACUGGUGGCACGUCCGGAGGAGCGGCGAUGCGCGGCCCUUCUACGUCCCCGCUCAGUACGUCAAGGAGCUGCCCCCCAUGGCCGCCCCGCAGCCGCUGUACCCCGACGAGGUGGGAUCCUAUGGGUUCCCCACGUUACGAGUGGAGCCCAGCCCCGCCGAGAGCUCCAGGAGACAGCGGGAGGUGCAGGUAUGUGACACCCCAUAAGUGUCCCCACACUGG